UGUAAAGCAAGGCAUAAUGAGAAAGAACUAUUCCCUUCUCCAUCAAUUCAUCAGCUUAGCUCUUCUACUGAGCCAAGCCAAAUCCGACCCGGAUCCACUUCAAGACUACUGCGUAGCAGAUACCAAAACCCCUCGGUCAUUUUACUUCAAUAGUGCACCCUGCAUUAAUCCAGAGCUUGCAGUCUCCUCACAUUUCACCACAUCCGUCCUAUCCAAACCAGGAAACACUAGAGCAAACCCUUUCGGCUUCAACGUGACACUAACCAACACUGCCAACUUACCGGGCCUUAACACCUUGGGCCUGACGAUGGCCCGAGUUGACAUAGCAACCAAUGGGCUUGUUCCUCCGCACAUACACCCACGGGCCUCGGAGGUAACCAUCUGCCUUAAGGGCCUGCUUCUUGUGGGCUUUGUGGAUACAUCUAACCGUAUUUUCACCCAACAAUUAAAACCAGGCGAGUCAUUUGUCUUCCCAAAGAGUCUCAUUCAUUUUCUGUACAACUAUGAUUCAAGGGCUCCGGCAGUGGCAUUGUCCGGCUUGAGUAGCCAGAAUCCGGGAGCACAGAUCGUGUCACUUGCCUCAUUCACUUCAAAGCCUCCGAUUGAGACUGAGAUACUGAAAAAAGGGUUUCAAAUUACCGAUCGAGACGUUGCUAGGAUUCGAAACAACCUUGGAGGUUAAUGUGUUUUUGAUUUGAUGACCGACUAAUCAAGCACGACUUGUAUAAUUAUACUCCAGAAUGUAGGUGCCAACGGUCAUAAUGCUCUGUUUCUAUUUGUUUAUAAGCAAGCCCUAGUCAACCACUAUGUUUGGUGAUGUAUACAUGUAUUAGAAGUGUUCUUCCUUAUCUUUGGUCCUAAAGUUGUUUU